AGACGGGAAGCGUAGUCUCAGAAGUCGAGCUGCAGCUGAGGACAAGCUGAACGUCUGCAGCAUCUCCCAGGAAUUUUUCCCAUGUUUUAAAUCCAAAAUGUGAAGAAUUCGCCUUUGCUGCACCACUUUGUGAAAGUUGUCGUGCAGGAGAGUUCGUGAGAGACGUGAAGGGAUGCGUCAAGACGUAUGAACUUGUGGGAGACAUCCAGAACACUGCCUAAAGGUUCACCAGCGGACAUGGAUGCGUCCGUAAACAUCCAGGACGCGCGGACGGAGUAACUGCUUUGCUCAAAUUUUACUUUUAAUUUAUUUGCUGCUGUAUAAAAUGCUCUGAAAACACAUGCCCUGUGCACUGUCAAGACAAGCGAAAAUUGAUACCAGCUAGAACCAUAUUUUACUGUCUCACUAUGGAUCAAAACUCCAAAUGCGUAAAAGUUGAGAGCAGCUUGAACGCAGAGACUAUCAACCUGAGUGUGCUUAACUGGGAGCAAGUGCAGCGCUUGGACUCAAUCCUCACAGGCAGCAUACCCAUCCACGGCAGAUGGAGCUUCCCCACUCUAGAGGUAAAGCCACGGGACAUAGUCAAAGUGGUUCGGAGCCGCAUGGAGGAGAAGGGGAUUCACGUCCGAGAGGUGCGCCUGAACGGCUCUGCAGCCAGCUACGUGCUGCACGAGGACAGCGGACUGGGCUGGAAGGACCUGGACCUCAUAUUCUGCGCUGAACUCAAAGGGGAACUAGAGUUUCAGAUUGUCAAGGACAUAGUUCUGGACUCACUUCUAGACUUUCUGCCAGAGGGAGUCAAUAAGGAAAAAAUCACGCCGGUGACGUUAAAGGAGGCUUAUGUGCAGAAGAUGGUCAAAGUGUGUAAUGACUCAGACCGGUGGAGCCUCAUCUCUCUCUCCAACAACCGCGGUAAGAACGUGGAGCUCAAGUUUGUGGAUUCUCUUCGGAGGCAGUUUGAGUUCAGCGUGGACUCUUUCCAGAUCCGCCUGGACUCCCUGCUGCUCUUCUACGAGUGCUCGGAACACCCCAUGGCUGCCACCUUUCACCCCACCAUCCUGGGGGAGAGUGUCUAUGGAGACUUCCCCACUGCUCUGGACCAUUUACGCAAGCGUCUGAUUUGCACCAGGAGUCCUGAGGAGAUCCGAGGAGGAGGCCUGCUCAAGUACUGCCACCUGUUGGUGAGGGGCUUCCGUGCCGCCUCUGAUGAAGAGAUGAAAUUGUUACAGCGCUACAUGUGUUCAAGAUUUUUCAUAGAUUUCCCUGAUGUGAAUGAUCAGAGAAGGAAGCUGGAGUCCUACCUUCAGAACCACUUUGUUGACUUAGAGGACAGAAAGUAUGACUACCUGGCCACAUUGUACCAUGUGGUUCAGGAGAGUACGGUGUGCCUCAUGGGACAUGAGAGGCGACAGACACUCAGUCUUAUCUCUUCUCUUGCACUGAGAGUACUGGCAGAACAAAAUGCCAUCCCAAAUGCUGCAAAUGUCACAUGCUUUUACCAGCCAGCGCCAUAUGUUUCUGAUGGAAACUUUAACAACUACUACAUCGCACAGGUCCAACCCAUGUACUCGUGUCCACUAUCACCCCCUCAACAGUAUAUUCCCCCACAGCAUCCCAUGUACGCUCCAUGGCUGUCCUGCAACUGAACUUUAGUCCAUCACAUUCAUUAUAUGUAAUAACCAAUGUCUUGAUUGAGCUCUCUUGAUUUUGUGUGCAGUAAAGAGCAGUUCAGUGGGAGCAUUUGGGAGCGCCACUCAUCAUCAGUGAAACAAAGUCUGGCUCAUUAUCCGCACUGAUAGUGAUAUUGAUAACAAGUAAAACGUAUUAUUGACUUGUUUCUGGACUCAAAAACAGAGACAUGCUGCUUGCUUCAGACCUUUGACCUUUACACAAUCAGUAUUGUGCAGGACAAUGCAAAAUAAGGAAGUUGUUUACAAAACCUACUUUAAGACCAAAAACAACAAAACAAUGCACAAUUUAUUUCUGUCGGGAAAUAAUGUUUAUAAGUGCCUAGGUGAAACAGAAAAGGAAAAGAUAUUUUGUGAUUUUAACUGUAGUGAAGAGAUGAAAGUGAUAUAAAAAUGAAUAUACAACCAAUAAAUAGCAUGCUUAGCUUUGCUAAGUUGUAUUUCUAAUCAAUAAAUUGUGUCAGUGUUUAGUUGAGCUCUUAUCUGCAGUGCUGGUGGACAAAAUGCACAUCUUGAUUAACAAAGAGGAAGUAACGGCAUAAUCUCAUGAUCUGUAAUGAGAGGGGAGGGGCAGCUCAAAAAUAAAAAUGAGAAUCUAUUGCAAAAGGAGAAAGGUUUGGCAGCUAAAGCAGAAGUGCAACAAAGUCAAAUACUGUUGAUAUCCACAGUGUAACAGAUUGUGCAAAGCACUAAACAGUGGUUAGUGAGAGAAGAGGAAAUAUGUGUGGGAUGGGUAUUCUGUUGAGAUGUAUAGAUACAGAACGUAUGGACACAUGUGUUGGAACUCAUUCAAUUGGAAAAGCUGAAAACACACUGGAAAGCGCACAUUUUUUGAUUGAACUUAAAAGUCACGUCUUAAUCUUGGCAUCCUAAAGUUGGAUCUAAAUAUGUGAUAAAACAUAUUCUGAGACUGCAGACACAUGAUGUUUGAAUAUUCAUCUGUUUAUAAACUAUUGUUUCAGUUUGGAGAAAACCACAUCUGUCAGCAAAGGGUUCAGAAAGUACCAAAGUGCAUAUCGAUAAUUCUGUAUGAUGCAUAAUCAUAUUGACACAUUGUUUUGAACGCAAUAAACAUAUGGCUUUUUCAUCACAACCAAAGUGCUAGCUUCUGUAGAAUGUCUCAAACAUAUUUUCAGAUGUAUUUUUCUAUCAAUCUUUAUUUUUGUACAGUUUGUGUUUGGCUGAUUGUAGAACUGUUGUUGUGUCUUAUUACUGUGGCUAAUGAAGAGCAAAACAUGUGGACACAGUCUAUAUGUGAGCUCCAGGUUUCAUGUGGAUUUCAAUUGCUCUAAAGAGAUUGUGAUACUGUCCAAUGGGGGCGUUCAACUACCAACCCAUUUGGACACAGAUACUGAAUAUUUGAAUUAAUUAAAUGAGAAAUAUCCCUC